UGGGCUAAUCCUGGCUAGGAGCUGCGUGGUUACUCGAGCAGUGGGCGCUCGGGGUCCGAGUGCUCUGCGCCCAGCGCACCGAGGGAGCCAAGGCCAUCCGGCCGGCGCUUUCCUCUGUCUUUCGCAGCAGCUGUGGGUCGCGCCUCUUGGGCUGGCGUCGUGCCCGGGCCAAGGAGAAGGUGGGCACCGGAACGUGGCCGCAGCGCCUAUCUGUGAAGCAAGUAUUAAACCUCAGAACAGGGGCCGUGCGGCGUAAGGCAGGAGAGCAGAGCGGAGGUUUCAGGGAGCUUCGUUUGCCCUCCACACUCACAAGAGUCAGGCGUUAGUUGCUACACAGCUGUAUCUGUCCCACCCCUUGACUGGCACUCCUGGGGUAAUAAAAGCCCGCAGGAAAUGCUUGGGAAGAAAAAUUGCUGGGGAUGAAGAGUGAAGAGAAUUAGGGAGACUCGAUGAAGAAGGAAGACUGAACCAUAAAAGGACAAAUAAAACUCACUGUCUCUACCCUCCUUCCUUCCAUGAGACCUUUGACCUUUUGCCUUUUCUACCUCUUCCUCACUUUGAGCUACAUGCCAGACUUUUUCUUAAUUACAAACUGAUAGAUUGUCUAUAUCUCAACUAACGGUAUUGAGGCUGUAAGAGCAUCAGAUUUGAAACAAGUCUGUAUUAAUGAAGAGUGACUGCAUGCAAACCACAAUAUGUCAAGAAAGAAAAAAAGAUCCCAUAGAAAUGUUUCAUUCUGGACAGCUGGUAAAAGUCUGUGCCCCAAUGGUUCGAUAUUCAAAGUUGGCUUUUAGGACACUAGUAAGAAAAUACAGUUGUGAUCUGUGUUAUACACCAAUGAUAGUUGCCGCUGAUUUUGUCAAAUCUAUAAAAGCCAGAGACAGUGAAUUUACCACAAACCAAGGUGAUUGCCCAUUGAUUGUUCAGUUUGCUGCUAACGAUGCAAGACUUUUAUCUGAUGCUGCUCGUAUAGUCUGUCCUUAUGCGAAUGGAAUAGACAUUAACUGUGGUUGCCCUCAGAGGUGGGCAAUGGCAGAAGGUUAUGGGGCUUGCUUAAUAAACAAGCCAGAGCUUGUUCGAGAUAUGGUGAAACAAGUAAGAAAUCAAGUGGAAACCCCUGGAUUUUCAGUUUCUAUUAAAAUAAGGAUCCAUGAUGACCUUAAAAGAACUGUAGAUCUUUGUCGAAAGGCUGAAGCAAUAGGAGUUUCCUGGAUUACAGUCCAUGGAAGAACUGCUGAAGAAAGACAUCAGCCAGUGCACUAUGAUUCCAUUAAAAUAAUUAAGGAAAAUAUGUCUAUACCUGUGAUUGCUAAUGGAGACAUCAGAAGCUUAAAGGAAGCAGAAAAUGUGUGGCAGAUUACUGGGACAGAUGGUGUGAUGGUUGCAAGAGGACUCUUAGCAAACCCGGCCAUGUUUGCUGGAUAUGAGGAAACCCCACUGAAAUGCAUCUGGGACUGGGUUGACAUUGCUCUUGAACUCGGGACUCCUUACAUGUGUUUCCAUCAACAUUUAAUGUACAUGAUGGAAAAGAUAACUUCAAGGCAGGAAAAAAGGGUAUUUAAUGCUCUGUCAAGCACGUCAGCAAUCAUAGAUUACCUUACAGACCAUUAUGGCAUUUGACUAGACUUCCCAAAUAAUUUUAAUAUAUACUUUUAAACCCACAAUGAAACCACAGAAGGUCAGAUUUUGUACCUUAAACUAGUAGCUCCCAAAUUUUAGUAUAAAAACAAUCCCUGGGAGCAUUUUUUAACAAUCAGUCAUAGACCCCACCCUCAGAGAUUCUGAUUCGGUAGAUCUGGGGUAGACCCAGAAAUAUACAGUUUAAAGAAAACUCCCGGUGGUUGAGACAUCCUGAUCAUCCUAGGCAAACAUUGACAAAUACUGCUCUGAAUACUGUUAUAUAGAUAUUAGGGGAAUGGGUAGAGUGGGAAUUUUUUCCUAAAGGAAUCAUGUUUUAUCAUGUUUUUAACAUUUUAAAAUAAAAUUUAUUUCAAUACUAAGAAA